AUCUUUUAUUUAGUUUAAUAAAUUUAGUUUAGUACAUUAAUCUUAUCCAGUUAGGACCAUAUUAAGAUAAUGAUAAUGAAGUAACUUUAUUCCUUUUUUUUUUUCAAUAAUGAUGGUAGUAAUAAUGAUAUCUCUACUCCAAAAGAGUGGAAAACCCACUUUACCGUUGCAUACUCAAUCAAUUACCCCCUUUCACACUUCUAAAAAGAAACCUCCAAACCCCAAAACCCAAAAAAAGAAAAAAACACAACCAACCAAACCAAAACAACCAAAACCAUGAGUGGCUUUAGCAAGCUUGGCAUCAUACUCACUUCAGUCUUUUCCAUCCUUUUUCUCUCCCUCUUAGCCGAGCUCAUCUACCUCGUUUGGCGUCGCCGUCAACAAGCUCGUCGCAACACUAGCCGCAUCGAGCCCGCUUGUGCACCCACAUCAACGCCGUUACCAACCACCACUUCACACGCUGAACUCUUCAAAUUAGACGGAAUUUACGGCGCUCCUUCGAGGGUUCUCUUUACCAUCAAGGAAGAAGAGCGAGAAGAAGUUGAAACUGAACUUGCUUCUGUUUUAGGAGAUCAUGGGAAAUUUGGAGUUAGUUUGAGUCAACAUUUUGGUAAUUUUCAGCUUCCUGUUGGGGGUGAUGCGCCGGAGGUAAUUAUUAUGGUGGGUGAAGAUGAUGAUUUCGAUGUCGAACCGGAUUUCUUGACUCCUUGUACUUCUCCGCCUUACUUUACUCCCUCGCCUUCUCCGACGAGAGAGGAGUUAGAUAGGUGAUCACUAACACCGCGUAAAAUUUGAACCUGUAACCUAUCGUGUCUUAAAUUAAUUUUGUAGGGAAAAUAUAUUAUCUUCUAGUUGGGUAGUUGGAGAUUGUAUAGGAAAAUAUUAGUUGUACGAUUUAGGUAUGCUUUAAUUUUUCAUAAUUAUUACUAAAGAAAGUGUUGGAAAACAAGAAUUUCUAUGCUUUCCUUGUUCAUUUUUUCUAUUGUUAAUAGUGUAUUAAUUAUUUUAAUUUCUCAACCUUCAA